AUGCCUCAGCACUCCCCUCAAUACCUUGCGCGUGACAGAGAAAUGAGAGAGCUUCGAGAUCGCGAAAUGAGGGAGCAUGAAAUGAGGGAGAGAGAAUUGCGCGAACGGAACAACAUAGAGAUGCAAAGACAAAGAGACGAAAUGAUGAUGCGCGAACGAGAGCGUGAGGCUCAGGAAAGGGAGCAAAUGGAGCGCAUGCAUCGAGAACAGCAGCAGCCGCAGCAACAGCGUCCGGUGCAAAGCCAUGCCGGGUCCAUUCCGAUUCACCAGCCUGUGGCAUCCAAGGUACAAAACUCGAUUCAUGGUCCCAAUGGCCUUCUGGCGAAUGGAGGUCCUGGUGCCUCCACUGGCGGGGGCCUCUUUGGUGGCCCAGGUCAACAUGAGUCGCAGAGAUCCUCUCAAUACAUGCAGCAGCCGGUACCUGCGGCCCCUCCACAACCCGGUCAAUCUUUUAUGCCCGGCCCAUCCCCAAUGCCUGCACCGGCACAACUUGCUCAUGGUCAACAACCCAUCUUGAAUGAUGCUUUAAGCUACCUAGACCAAGUCAAAGUGCGCUUCAGCGAUCACCCAGAUGUGUAUAAUAGGUUCCUGGACAUCAUGAAGGACUUCAAGAGCCAAGCGAUCGAUACUCCUGGGGUCAUUGAGCGUGUAUCAAAUCUGUUCAAUGGUCAUCCAGCCCUGAUUCAAGGUUUCAAUACCUUUCUUCCACCUGGCUACCGAAUUGAAUGCGGCACUGAAGAGAAUCCGGACGCCAUCAGAGUCACAACUCCUAGUGGUACGAUGACCCAAUCACUUCAAGGCAGGGGACGCGCACAAUUUGAACCAGCCCCACAGCCUGCGACCGUUCGACAGGAUACAUUCGAAAGCAGACAUGGAUGGGGACAACCUCUUGGUGCUUCACCAGGUGCAAGAUCGGCAGAAUUGCCUGUAUAUAAGCCAGGGCCUGUGGAGAGAUCAAUGGAAGAAGCUUCGAAUACGAUCACACAACAAGAACAACGUGGUGUCUCAACCCUCCAAAGUGCAGUCACUGCGGUAACAAAUGGAGCAGCAAGGCCUGCUCUUGCUGUGUCACCUGGACCAGGGCAAGGCGCAAUAUUCCCUCAGCAGACCGCAGGGUUCGGUACUAAUGCGGGUAUUGGUGAAUUAAAGCGCGGGGGACCAGUUGAAUUCAAUCACGCUAUCAGUUAUGUGAAUAAGAUCAAGAACCGGUUUGCGCAACAACCAGAAAUUUACAAGCAGUUCCUUGAAAUCCUGCAAACUUACCAGCGAGAGUCAAAACCCAUCCAAGACGUUUACGCGCAAGUCACUCAACUGUUCAUAUCUGCCCCAGAUCUACUUGAAGACUUCAAACAGUUUCUGCCGGAGUCCGCUGCGCAAGGCAAGGCUCAGGCGGCUCGUGUAAUGAAUCAACAAGAGGAGACCAGCAAUGUUCGCGGUGAGCCUGGGUAUGCGAGCACCGCCAUUCCUCAGGCUCAAACCCCCAGGCCUGCGUCAAAGAUGCCGCCCAUGGGUCAGUUUGAUCCUCCUAGCACAAGCAAAGACAACAAAAAGCGUCGAGGAGGCCCUGGAGCCGCCCUUUCUAGCCAACCAGCGACACAGCCUCCCGUUGACACCCCUGUCACUCAAAGUUCACGAGCAGCACCAGUUCAGGUUGGCAAUGCUAGCAAACGCCCGAAACUCACAACUCAACGCCAACCACAACCUGACAUGAUCGUCACUUCGCCGACUCUCGUGCCUCAGCUUCCAGAACCACUUCCACCCUUUCCCAACUCCUCUACUACUCAAGAAGAGCUCGCCUUUUUCGACCGUGCGAAGAAACAAAUCGGCAAUCGCGCCAGCUACGCCGAAUUUCUCAAACUCAUCAAUUUGUACUCUCAGGAUCUUAUUGACAAGUACACUUUGGGAGACAGAGUUGGCGCUUUCAUUGGCGGUAAUCCCGAUCUGAUGAGUUGGUUCAAAAAUUUCCUUGGGAUUGAAGAUCAGGAGGAGGUGAUUGAAGCGCGUGUACGACCCGAUCCUGGUCGUGUCAACCUCUCUCACUGUCGUGCCCUCGGACCAAGCUACCGUCACCUACCCAAGCGUGAUCAAGACAAACCCUGUAAGGGUCGAGAUGGAAUGUGUUAUGAAGUUCUGAAUGAUGUCUGGGCUUCUCACCCUACUUGGGCUUCUGAGGAUUCGGGCUUCGUGGCACACCGCAAGAAUCAAUAUGAGGAAGCUUUACAUCGAAUCGAAGAAGAACGCCACGACUAUGACUUCCACAUUGAGUCAUGCCAGCGGACUAUUCAACUAAUGGAACCCAUUGUACAGCAGAUUGGUGUGAUGAAUGAGGCGGAUCGAGCCGCUUUCAUCUUAGCACCAGGUCUCGGAGGCGCAAGCGAAGCCAUCCCUAAGCGCAUCAUCAUGAAAAUCUACGGCCGCGAGGCCGGCGCUACGGUCAUGCGAGAAAUGUUCGCACGCCCAACUGCCGUACUGCCGAUUGUUCUUGCAAGACUCAAACAGAAGCUUGAAGAGUGGAAGCAGGUGCAACGAGAAUGGGAAAAGGUGUGGCGCGACCAGAUUCACAAACAAUUCUGGAGAAGCCUUGACCAUCAGGGAAUCAACGCGAAGAAUCUCGACAAGAAGAACUUCCAACAAAAGGCGUUGACCAGCGAGAUACAGGCAAAAUACGAAGAAGCAAAGAAGAACCGCGAUAACGGCAUCGCUGGCAAGAGGCAUCAGCUCCAGUACACUUUCAAUGACUUGGACGUCAUCACCGAUGCGACCCGAUUAAUACUAGUGUCCUUGGAUUCAGACCGACAACAAACCUUUAACAGCGGUGAGCAAGAGCGGAUUCGAGGAUGGUUGGUAGACUUCCUGGUUAGGUUCUACGGUCUGGACGGCGACAAAUUUAUAGAGCAAACUGAUGUUGCCACAAUGCGACACCAUGAGCAUGACGAAGGUGCCGACGGCCAUGAUAGCGAUGCUCAGCCACCAGCCAAAGGAAAGACCCAACGCAAGUCGGACUGGCUCAGGAGGAUGGCGCUUGAGAGAAGGCACGGCAAGGAGGACAGCGUGGCUUCAGCAAGCAAAGAGUCGACCCCGGCACCGGGUGCUAGUAGCGAGAUGGAGGUUGACGAAGACGCCGCCGUGUCCGAUGUUCCUGAUGAGCCUCAACAGCCGUGGAUAAAUGUGGCCAACAGUGACACAUCUGCUCGCCACCUGGCCAUGGACGAGACGUAUCCCCAUACGACGUUCAAUCUCUAUGCGAACGCCAACAUCUAUUGUUUCUUCAGACUGUUUGAGAUGCUGUACAGCAGGUUACUGGCAAUCAAACUCAACGAGCCUAAUGUCCAAGAGGCUGUUGCGAGACACAAAGGUAUCAAGGGGAGGGUCAAGCCUGCCAUCGAACUCCGCAUGAUCGACAAAGGACCAGAGUACUUCUUCUAUAACAUCGACGGAAAGCAGAAUUACUAUCAGCAGAUUUUGCAGCUAUGCCAGGAGGUUUUGGUGGGCACAGUCGAUCUCGCUCACCUCGAAGAGACACUGAGGCGGUACUACAACAAGAGUGGUUGGCAGCUCUACACGAUUGAUAGGCUCGUCUCCGCGAUUCUGCGGUUCAUCAUGAAUAUCCUGGGCGGAGAUGCUAAGGACAAGAGCGUUGAAAUCACCAACCUCUUUCUGCGAGAUCGAGAACGUCCAGACACGACCCGGAAGCAGGAAAUUCAGUAUCGCAAGCAAGUCGAACGAUUAUCCAAGGACGCUGAGGUUUACCGAAUCAGCUAUGUAAGUCGUGCCCCCGAAUUGAAAGAUGCUGGGGACUUUGCUAAUUUCUCGCAGACUCCUGAGGAUCGGGUUUGCACCAUACGAUUGUUCCCAUCGGAAGACGCAACUUUCGAUAGUGACUCUCUAUCGGACGAAGCUCGGUGGCAGUAUUAUAUCGCAUCCUACACCAUGACAGACGCAACUGAAGGCGUGGACCAAUCACGGAUGCACAGUCCCUACCUGCGACGUAACAUUGCUCCGCAAAACGCAAAUAUUGAAGCCGCAUAUCAAGAAGUGUAUGGCAACCUGGACCACGUUGAUGAGCAGACGGCCUUCAUUAGUCCUGAUUCCUACAAGCUUUUGCUUCAGGGCAAUUUCGGCUUUGUUCGGCGCAGCGAGCUUGAGAAGCCAUUGAGAGAGACAUAUGAGAAGGGCAAAAUUGAAGAAAGUGAGAGAUUCAGAGAGAAGUUUGUGCGCAAUACUGCAUGGAUGAGAGAUCAGAGAGCUGAGGAUGUCGAGCGCAGGAAGGCUGCAUGGGAGAGAGGUGUUAAGGAGGGGUUUAGCGGCUACGACAUUUGA